CUUCCUGAAGUCUUUGCCGAGCAGCCUGUCGGUGCCACACGCGUCGGAGCACUUCGUCCUCUCCUUUGCAAAAGCCAGAAAAAAAAAGAAAGAAGAAACACCAGCUGGAAAAAGAAUAAUGGAAAAUUGUAUAAAUGAUACCUCCACUUGCCCAGGAAUUCCCUAUAAAGACAGCAAGACACUUCUGGUUGCUGUUUACAGCAUCGUUUUUGCCAUAGGCAUUCCAGCAAAUUGCUUAACUUCCCUGCUUACAUUUGUACAAAUCCAAAGGAACAAAGUAAUUGCCAUCUACAUUUUCAGUUUAUCAUUGUCUGAGCUGAUGUAUUUAAGUACCUUGCCUUUCUGGAUUAUCUACGUGCAAAAUGACCACUGCUGGCAAAUGCAUAUGCUGACUUGCAAAAUAACAGGAUUCAUCUUUUUCUGCAACAUAUACAACAGCAUUCUGCUGUUGUGCUGCAUUUCUGUGGAUCGUUACGUGGCACUGGUGUAUGCUCUGGAAUCAAGAGGGAGAAGAGGACAGAAACUGGCAAUCAUAAUAGUGUGUCUUCUCUUUGCUGUAGUUGCAGUAGUCCACAGUCCAGUAUUUACCAUGGAACAACAUCCGAAUAGGACCUGCUUUGAGACCUUGCCCCUUAACAAAACAUUGGCUUCUAUAGGCAUUGGUAGAUUCCUGCUUGGAUUUGCCAUACCCUUCAUAACCCUCAUUUUCACAAACUACAAAAUUUUCCAAAGUACAAAGAAAAGCAGCAGCUUGACUUGUCACCAAAAAGUCAAAGUGAAGUACCUGGCUAUUGUGAUUAUUGUCAUUUUCCUGAUAUGCUUUGCUCCCUACCAUGUGGUACUCUUAAUAAGAUCCAUAUACUUUUUGUUUCAUCAAAACUCCUCAUGUCCAUUUGAAAAAGAUAUAUAUUCAGUUUUUACAGUGUUUCUGUGUUUAGCCACUGCAAACAGCGUUGCUGAUCCAAUCAUCUAUGUGCUGGUUAGUGAAAAUGUCAGAAAAGACUUUUCUAGAGCUCUGAGAAGAUGGAGAUUGAACUCAACCAGGCUGAAUUCAUCUGUUAAUCACAAGACUGAGAGCACAAAACUGAAAGCGUCGAAAGAAUUCCAGGAAGGAGGGCUAAGAGAAGAAAACAAAGAAAUAUCAGAUUCGUGUGAUAUUCAAAAGACCUCUCAUAGUGGCGAAGACCAAAAAGGUGGCAGCUAGCAGUUGGCUGCUGACAGAAAUAAGAACUUGCCAACACCAGCUGGGAUGCCACAGGAGUGACACUUCUUAUUGCUGUUUGUCUCCUAUAAUAAAGUUUGUCCACCAGUA